AUGGUGGACACUGCCUCGAAGCAUCGAGCUGAGUUUGCCUUUGCUCAGCUUGAGAACGAGAGAUCUCUGACAUCUCUUCGUGACGAGCUAAGGGUAGCUCGUGGGAUUGUUGAUCGGUCUCGGGCUGAGAUAACUGCUCUUCAGACCCUUGUUGAUGCCCACCAUCGGGAGCACAAGGCUCUCUGCGAGAUGCUUGAGCGCAAGGGCGUUCUUCAUCGGAAGAAGCAGCGUACUGAUGGUACGGCUUAA